UGUCUCCACGUGUUUCAAUUUGAAAAUGUGCUUAUAUAUACCAUAAGGUUCUUUAUUGAGUUUUCUAUGUCAUAGUAAUGCAUGCAUUACAAUAGCACAUAAACUCGAUCACCUGAAAUUAAUUUUUAUUUUUUAUUUACGAUUAUCAAGGUUCAUAUUUGUUAGACAUGAAGAUGGAACAUCACAUGAAUAAAAGGUUUCUAUUGUUGUGGUUUAUAAUGGCUAUGCAACUCUGUUUCAUGAUGCUUGGUGCUUAUUCUGAAAAUAACAGUAAAAGUUUAAUGGGAAUUAAUCCUCCAGUCAGUAUUAAGUAUGAAAGAAAUUCUAGCCAGGUGGUGAUCACAAAUGGCAUAUUUACCCUCUAUUUGGCAAAUCCCAGGGGGUAUGUUAAAGGAAUAUCAUAUGGUGGAAUGCAGAAUUUACUUGCAACUGAAAAUGAAGAGGGUGAUAGAGGGUACUUGGACGUUGUUUUUGGCAGCUUUGAAAGAGUCCAAGGGACAACUUUCUCAAUCGUAUCACAAACGAUGAAUGAAAUUGAGGUUUCAUUUGUAACGACAUGGAAUUCUAGAGUAGCUCACUCACAAGUUCCUCUAAACAUAGACCAAAGGUAUAUAGUACGAAGAGGCGAUUCAGGAUUUUAUUCUUACGUGAUAAUGGAACGAUUAGAAGGAUUCCCUGCUGUAACAAUUGAUCAAAUAAGGAUUGUUUAUAAACUUCAGGAAAAACAAUUCAACUAUAUGGCCAUCUCAGAUACUAGACAAAGAAGAAUGCCAUCGCCACAAGAUAGAGCAGGAGGUCGACCCUUAGCAUAUAAAGAAGCUGUUCUCUUAACUCAUCCAUCUGAACCAGAAUUUAGGGGAGAGGUGGAUGACAAAUAUCAAUACUCAAGUGAGAACCAAUACAACAAUAUUAAUGGAUGGAUUACUGCAGAUUCUGAAAAGCCCGUGGGUUUCUGGAUCAUAACACCUAGUAAUGAAUUCCGCAAUGGUGGGCCUAUUAAGCAAGACCUCACAUCUCAUGUUGGGCCAACUUGUCUAUCCAUGUUUGUGAGUACCCACUAUGGUGGCAAAGAAACAGAAAUGGUAUUCCAAAAUGGAGAGGCUUAUAAAAAGGUUUUUGGGCCUAUUUUUGUUUACAUGAACUCUGCCUCAAGUAAAGCUCACUUCACAUCUCUAUGGUCAGAUGCCAAGCAAAGGUUAUCCAAUGAACUCAAAAGUUGGCCUUAUAAUUUCGUUCAAUCAAAGGCUUUUGUUCCAGCUAAUGAACGGGGAACAGUACUAGGGUCUUUCCAAGUCAACGACUGGGGGAAAGUAUCUCCUGCUAAUAAUGCUUACAUUGGUCUAGCAAGCCCUGGAGAAGCAGGAUCAUGGCAAAGUGAAAGCAAGGGCUAUCAAUUCUGGACUAGAAGUGACCAACAUGGAUUCUUUGUUAUAAAAAACAUUGUACCUGGGAGAUACAACUUGUUUGCCUGGGUUCCUGGCUACAUUGGAGAUUACAAAUAUAAAUAUUUAGUCACCAUUAGACCAGGAGGCAUCAUCAAAUUGAAUUCACUAGUAUAUUAUCCUCCAAGAAAUGGCCCUACUCUAUGGGCGAUUGGCAUUCCAGAUCGAUCAGCUCAUGAAUUUUAUGUACCAGAUGCUUAUGCUAACCUCACAAACAAAUUAUACGUCAACGACUUCGAAGACAGGUUUAGGCAAUAUGGGAUAUGGCAACGUUACACCGAUUUAUAUCCAAAAAAUGAUCUCGUUUACAGGGUUGGUGUUGAUAAUUAUAGAAGAGAUUGGUUUUAUGCUCAUGUUCCAAGGUUAACAAAUAAUAAACUCGAAGCAACCACAUGGAAGAUUGUAUUUGAUCUUAAAAGUAAUGUAGUGAGGGGUAACUACACACUACAACUGGCAAUUGCAAGUGCCACUUAUGCUGAAGUGCAGGUUUCAUUGAAUGACAUGAGUGCUUAUCCUCCCCACUUCACAACACAUCGAAUAGGCGAUGACAAUGCAAUAGCAAGACAUGGAAUCCAUGGAUUGCAGUUAUUUUAUAGCAUACCAUUACCUAGUUCUCGUAUGGUAAGAGGAAUUAAUACAAUAUUUCUAAGGCAAACAAGAUGUGAAUCCUUUUUCCAAGGAGUUAUGUAUGAUUAUAUUCGUUUAGAAAGUCCUAGAGUUUAAGCAUUAAAGCUUGUAUGUUACAUAAUACAAAUGACUUAGUUAGUUGUGUUGUAUGCCUAUCUUUAUUAAAAUUCAAUAAUAAAAUCAUUGCUUUCAAUUUUGUGCUUCUA